GAGAGAGAGGAGAGAAAGUUGAAAAGAAAGAUAGAGACAGGAAGGUGAGGUCGAUAAGGAGAGAGAGAGAGAGAGAGAGAGGAGAGGGACGCGAGUGGAGCCGUGUCCUCGCUCAGUUCCUGCUGCAGCUUCUCUCCGUCACUGACAGAGCCGGCAUAGAUGACGUCACCCCAGCACCUGAGCUGCGCUUGGCUGCGGCGGCUGCUCGUCGUGCUGCUAGAACUUUGCCUGGCUUCUGCCGGACCGCUGCGACCGCUCAACGGGACGGAAUGCACAGCCAGGGGUCCCGCUUCAUACAUCCUGGUCUUUACCGGCCACUGGAGCCCACAGGCCUUCCCCAAGCAGUACCCGCUGUUCCGGCCCCCUGCACAGUGGUCCAAACUCAUGGCGGUCAGCCAUAACCCCCACUUUCGCCUGUGGGACGAGGGCGCCGCAGCCGGUGCAGGGGUGCAGACCUUCGCCGAGCUGGGGCUGACGGCGGAGCUGAUGAAGGCGGCGAAGGAGGCCAGGAAGGGACGCGCGGUGGGCGCCAUGUACCGGACAGCCGGCAUCCCCAACGGCAUCGGGCACAGCUCCACGGAGCUGCUCCUGCAGCCCCGGCACCCACUGUUGUCCGUGAUGGUGAAGAUCAUCCCCAGCCCCGACUGGUUCGUGGGUGUGGACAGCCUGAACCUCUGCAAGGGCGGCCAGUGGAAAGAGGAAGUGACCCUCGAUCUUCACCCCUAUGACGCGGGGACAGACAGUGGAUUCACUUUCUCGUCUCCCAACUUUCCCACCAGCCCCAGGGAAAACAUCACAAAGAUCACGUCUCAGAUGCCAAACCACCCGGCCAACUCCUUCUACUAUCCCCGCUUAAAGGAGCUUCCACCCAUCGCUAGCAUAAGGAUCACUCGACAGAGCAGAUCAGCCGGCCGCCAGGCCUCGAUGUCUAAUCACAUUCUGCCAAACUCUAUCAAUCCCCACCACUUUUCAGUGACCCCACUGGACUGUGAAGUGUCCCUCUGGUCCUCCUGGGGGUUGUGUCUGGGCCCCUGCUCCAGGGGAGGCGUCCGCCACCGGACGCGGUACAUCCUUCUGCGGCCCGCCAACACUGGGACGCCCUGCCCCGAGCUGGAGGAACAGGCCGAAUGCGUGCCACACAGCUGCAUGAAGCGCCAGUAACUCACGGCCACGUCGAGCAAAAGGUUUGCCAGUAUUCAACACUGGGACUUCGUUGCUUUUACUGCUGGACUGAAAAAUGUACUUGUAUGUAUGUAAUUUGUUACAGUGUUUUGUCUUUGUCGUGGCCAAAUGCUACUGUACUUUAGUUUCAGCUUGCACGCUGCCCUGUGUAUUUUUUUUUUGGCAAUAAAGGGAAACAUUUUGAACUUUCUGAGACAACAGUAUAAUUGUUUUUGGCAAAACAUGUUUUUUUAUAAAUGAUUGUGUGCAAAAAUAAACAUCUAAGAAAAGA